UCAAUCAAAGAACGGACAUUGAAAUAUACAGCGUCAACAUCCCUUUCAAAAAGAUUUUUGUCUUUUUUUUUUUUUUUUUUUGCUUAAACGCAAUUCACUUUUUUAUUAUUAUAUAAAAAAAGCCAUAAACCAAAAAUAAUAGAAAGAAGUAUUAUUUAUAUACAAUGUCUUAUGGAUGGAAUAGAGACCAAUCACACCCUUCACAGCAAUCUGCUGCUGAUCUAGCUAAUUCCUUCUUGAGUUCUGUCGGCCAAGAACUUCAUGGAUCUGGUGAUAAUCAUUAUGGACAUGAAUCACAAGGUCGUUAUGGUGAUUACCAUGCUGAAGAUUAUCGUCGAAGAGAUGACAGAGAAAUGGACAGAGAACGCAGACGUCACAGCAGUCGAGAACGCUACCAUGACAGAUCGCGCGAUGACAGGGACAGAGACAGAGACCGAGAGAGACGCAGAAGGUCAAGAGACCGCCGUGAGCGCUCUCCUCGCCGCCACCGAAGAGAAGAAAGAGACUAUCACCGACGUAGACGCAGUAUCAGCCCUCGUCGUCAUAGUCGACGAAGAAGCAUCAGCCCCAUACGUCGCCGCGAUGAUGAAAAUAUUGUGCCUUUAAGUAAAAGACCCAGAAGGCUGCAUAAUUGGGAUAUGGCCCCUGCUGGCAUGGAAGGUAUGACUGCGCAACAAGUCAAGAUGACAGGAUUAUUCCCAUUACCUGGCCAAGUCGUUGGUACACGUACACCCCAAUCAUUCCAGCCUCCACCUGUCAAUCACAAGUUUGACGACAGAGCCAUCGUGAAUACCACAUUAACCAAGCAAGCAAAGCGUCUAUAUGUCGGUCAGAUCCCAUUAGGGCUUGAAGAGAAUGCAUUGGCCGAUUUCUUUAAUGCGACCAUGCAUCAACUCAAAAUGAGAGACCGAACGCCUGUUGUGUCAGUACAGAUCAACCAUGAGAAGAACUAUGCUUUUGUUGAAUUCGAAACAGCCGAGCAGGCUACUGCCUGUAUGUCCUUUGACGGUAUCAUGUUCCAGGGACAACAACUCAAGAUUCGUAGACCCAAGGAUUAUCAACCAGCUCCAGAAGUAGUAGACACCUCGUCAUUGCAGUUACCAGGUGUCAUCUCAACGAACGUGCCUGAUACACCCAACAAGAUCUUUAUUGGUGGUCUGCCAAUAUACUUGAAUGACGAUCAGGUCAUUGAAUUGUUGAAAUCAUUUGGUGAGUUGCGUGCAUUCAACCUCGUCAAGGACGCCACGACCGGUGCAAACAAGGGUUUUGCUUUCUGUGAAUAUGCUGAUCCUAGUGUCACAGAUCUGGCCUGUCAAGGAUUGAAUAAUAUGGAGUUGGGUGAUCGUAAAUUAAUCGUACAGCGUGCUAGCGUGGGCGCUAAGCAUAUUCCUCCUGAUUACAUGUCUGGACCUAUCUUACCCGCCAAUUAUGUUCCUGUAACAAGUGCUAGAGAUGAAGAUGCCACUCGAGUAUUACAACUCAUGAACAUGGUUUCGCCUGAAGAAUUAGAGGACGAUGAAGAAUAUAAAGACAUUUGGGAAGAUAUCGCAGAAGAAUGCUCAAAGUAUGGUAAUAUAAUAGACAUGAAGAUCCCUCGACCUCAUGAAGGAACACUUGUGCCUGGUUGUGGUUUAAUUUUUGUAAGAUAUGAGACACAAGACGAAACAUUGAAUGCAUUACGCGCUCUUGCCGGACGAAAAUUUGCUGAUAGAACAGUUGUUGCUAGUUUUAUUGAAGAAGAAAACUACUUGGCUGAUAACUUUUAAAAAAAGAGAAUUUUAAUACAAAAACACUCAUACGUACACAUAUACAUAUAUAACACGUAUAUACAACUUUUAUACACAUACACACACAUAUUUAUAUGUAUAUACAUAUACAUAUGCGCUUGUGUCUUGAUUUUAUAUAUAUAUCCUUUAGUGCUGUUAAAAAAAGAGAGAAGGGAAAGGUUUGUAAUAUAAAGGAUGAGUGCUAUUUUUAAUACAACCAUUCUGAAAAGUAAACCCGUAGUUUGAUAUCGUUUACCGUUUAUCUUUUCU